AUGGCCGAACCCAAAUUGUGCUUACGCACAUACAGGCCGACCGAUCGUGACCAUGUCGACUUUUUAUUCUACAGCACCUACUUUGCUCUUGUUCCCCAAGGUGUCAAACGAAAGCUUGCUGCUCCCAUGACAUGGGUCAUUGGUGUGGGGAUCUAUGCCUACUUGCUAGCCAUUGUGCCCAUUCUGCUGGAGGGUAUGGGUCUACCUGCAUGGAGUGGCAUCGUACUACGCGUCUUUUUCACUAUCGCUUGGGUGUUGGUUGGCUUUGCGGCACUCUUUUUAUACACGGAUCGAUUUGAAAUGGUGGAACGAGUCGAAGCAGCACGACAAAACGACAUGCUUGAUCCAGAAGUGUCUUAUCUCAAUUACAUAAAGUAUGAAAAGGUGGUGUCGGAUGAAGAAAAUGACAACGACGGCGACAAUGAUGCAGCAUCAUGUUCCGACAAUGGCAACAAAAAAAAGAAACGAGUGACAUUCGACAAGGAUACCAAGCCCGCCACUGAACUUGUAAGAGAGAAGAGGAAGGAUAAGACGCCAUCUCAUUUUUGGGUGCUCGAAGUGGAUGGUGUACCCUGUGGUAUGGUGGGAUUACAAUGUCUCAAGGAACGUGUCAUGGAUCAACGUCCAACACCGGGACCAGGUUGGCAACGCAUCAUCUCUUUGCUUUGUAAUCGAUAUGGCCGUCCAAAUCCAUUCCAAGAAUUACCUCCUCGUGUCUAUCAAGAACCCCAUCCUCUCAACACUGCCACCCUCACACGCCUUGCCGUGAAAUAUGAAUUGCAAAACUGCGGCUUGUCCACCGUCAUGAUUACACGUGCUAUGGAAUGGGCGGAUGAACAUGGUAUCCAAACAGUAAAUGCUGUCACCAACGAAUGCCAGGAAACGGCCGCUGCUAUCUUGAAGGAACGCCAUGAUUUCAAAAUGGUCAAAAAGGUCAGCACUGGAUGGUUUGGACAAUAUGACAAGUAUUGGGAAUGCAAUGUCAAGGAUUGGAAGGAACAACAAAGGUUGAAGCAACAACAAGAACAAAACGUACCACAGCAAGAAGACGAACAAACAUAA